UUUUUGAUAUGGGUAUUUAUGAUUUCUCCAAAUUUUUGAUUUUUGUUCAAGAAUUUUUGAUGGGUUUUUUUGUUCUUUGUAGUUGUUGUUUCUCUGUUUUAUUGCUUGAUUGUAUGAAAAAAUGGGGUUUUUUAAGCUUGAAUUUCAUAGUAUGGGUGUGAAAUUAUGUACAUUUUUGGAGGUAUUUUUUUUUUUUUUAUAAUUUAAGGUUUGUUGAAGUUAAUUUCAUAUUUUUUUCAGAAGAGAAUGAAAACAAGGUACAUAGAAAGAAAAUGACAACAGAUGCACAAAUGGGGUUCACCUAUGUAAAGAUUGGGUCUUUUUUGUCGAAAUAUUGAGACUAAAAACAAGGCAAAACGGCCGUAUUAGAACAAGGCCCACUUAAUGUCUGUUUCUUGGUUUCAUUUGAUGCCAACUUUUUAUGUUUGUUUUUGUUCUCGAUUUUUUUCCCUUUUAAUUUCUCUCAUUUUAGACCACUUGUUUAGAAUUGCGAAGGAAAAACCUAUGAUAGUGACAUGGAUGAACUAUUUCUUCAUUCUAAAGACAAUUGGUAUCUUGUUGUUUUUAAAAUUUUGGUGCACGCGGUGUCACGAAAUUAUCCAUCGUGUAGACGAGAUUCGAUCUCAGCUCUAAGGGUACCUUAGGUCAGUUUGUGGGAUUGUUGUAUGUUAAGGGUUUUUGUUUUUAUAUAAUUGGUUUUAGUUUGUAGGACCCCUUUCCCCUGCCCUUAAUUGGUAGCCAAAUUUUUUCCCAAAGGUCAUUGAUCUUUCACAUGAACGAAAGAAUGACCUACACUAAUACACUAUUAUGACACCCUUUCCUUUUCUCCUCCUAAAAUCCUUAAGGGGUGUAUAUGUGAUUAUGUGGUGUGAAUGAAUCUUCCCAAAUUUUGCAUCUUUGAUGUACAGUCAUGAUUCAAUUUGGUAUUUUGAAAAGCUAUAUUACAAACGAGGUCACAUUUCAUUGAGCUUACAAGGAUUUUUUUGAAAUGAGAAGUUCCCUGGAUUUCUAUGCUUGAUGGACUGCUUCCCCCCAAACAGUGACAAGAAAACUUUGAAGAAGUGGUUUUUCAUUGACAAAACAGUUGGAUAAAGUGCUUGUUUGUUAUCGCACAAUUUGGUCGUGAUUCCUAGCCAUUUCUCUUCUUGAGAUUUGAAGCCUAGCUCAUUGAAGUAUUGUUUAUAGUUUCUAUAACACAGUGACUUCUGCUACGAAACUGGAUCCUAUGGACCUUAAAACUCCUGUUCUCGCUGACCCUGCACCUAUCAAAAAGUCUAGAUUAAGUUUGCAUUCUAGUCUUAUGCCUUACUCACCUCAACCACAACGAGCUCUCUUUGCUAAUGGAAUGCUCUUGUCAAUCCCAAGGAAGAAAACCGGUGUUUUAGAUGAUGUCCGAGCUGCAGCUUGGCUGGAUGCUAUGAAAUCUUCAUCUCCUCCACCUAAGAAAUUUCCUUAUGAUGCUAACCCUGAACAAGAUUCAUCAGAUGUUGACAUUGCUUAUUGUGCAUGGACACUUAAUUAUCCAUCAGCAAUCACAUCAUUUGACCAAAUCACACAUUUUGCCAAGGGCAAGAGGCUUGCAUUGUUUUUGGACUAUGAUGGAACCCUGUCACCCAUUGUAGAUAAUCCUGCUAUGGCUUUCAUGUCUGAUGAUAUGCGUUCUGCUGUAAAAGAUGUUGCUAAACUAUUUCCAACAGCAAUUAUCAGUGGCAGAAGUCGUGAUAAGGUUUAUGAAUUUGUUGGAUUGACUGAACUAUUUUAUGCCGGUAGUCACGGGAUGGACAUUAUGAGCCCUGUGAAAGGCUCUGCUGCCUUUAAUGGGCACCCUAAUUGUGUCAAAUUAACUGACAAGCAGGGUAAGGAAGCUGUCCUUUUCCAGCCUGCUAGUGAAUUUUUGCCUAUGAUUGAGGAGGUUUAUACAUCCCUUAUUGAGACUACUAAGAAAAUUAAGGGUGUAACGGUUGAGGACAACAAGUUUUGUGUUUCUGUUCACUAUCGCAAUGUAGAAGAAAAGAAUUGGAAGACUGUUGCUCUUCGUGUCCAUGCUAUACUAAAAGAAUACCCACGUCUUAAACUUUGUCAUGGGCGGAAGGUUUUAGAGAUCCGUCCAGUGAUUGAUUGGAACAAGGGAAAGGCUGUUGAAUUUUUGCUAGAGUCCCUUGGGCUAAGUGACUCUGAUGAUGUGCUUCCAGUAUAUGUCGGUGAUGAUAGCACUGAUGAGGAUGCUUUUAAGUUCCUGAGAGAAGAAAAUAGAGGAUAUGGUAUUUUGGUGUCUUCUAUUCCCAAAGAAAGUAAUGCAUUCUACUCCCUAAAGAACCCAUCAGAGGUUAUGGAAUUUCUUAAGGCACUUGUGACUUGGAAGUCGAGCUCACUCUAGACUAACCACAAACUAGAAAAAGUAUAUUCUAACAUUACAUAAAUAUGAUCAGCCAAAAAAAGAAAAAAGAACAAAAAAAAUUUACCAUUACAUAAAUAUAUACAGUAUGGGAAGGAUCAAAGAAGAACUGCAACCAGUUUUGGUGCAAGGUUUGGCGCGUGCAGUGGAAGGAGCUUCAUCAUAUUUUCAGGACCAAUUUUGUUUGUAAAAAACGUCUGCGAUUUUGUAAAUCCCUCUUCCUUUGUAUAUUGCUAGCCCUUGUAUUUAGAAGCAGUUGAUUAAGGUGCUUAAUUUUCCAUUUAGAGUUUAGUACCUUUGCCAAUGUGUAGGAUAUUCAGUUCCUUAAUAUGCUUAAAAUCCCAUAUAAUAUACGCUACGCUAUUAUUAGGAGGGUAAUUAGGUUGCAAAUUCUUUUAUUUGUGGAAUGUGUAUUGUUCACUCUCGGAGGGAAAUAUAUAUAUAUAUAUAUAUAUCUAGGAGGUUUGUGAGAAAGGAGAGUAGUUUUUUUGAAAGGGAAAGAAGAAGAUUUGUUGUGUUGUCUCUUGGUUAUUUCGGAAGACUCAUUUUGUUGGCAAGUUUUAUUUCACGGAUCUAAAUGUUAAUUGUUAAAGUCGUGUGUAUGGAACAAUUGUUUUGUGUAAUUUUAUGUGAUUGUUAAUAAUAAUAUACUCGUAUUACUUAUUGUUGUA